AUGUGGAACAAGUAUCUCCUCGGCUGGUCGCGUUGCAGCUGGCUUCACGACACACAGAAAUCGGUUUCCGGCCCGAAUGUGAUUGUGAUCCUCGAGUGGAUGGGUUGCUCAUUCAAUUCUCAAAGUCGGCGAUGGGAGAAAAUUUCAGCUUGUCCUAUCAAGAAUAAGAAUCAGAAUGAAGUCAACUUGAGUAAUUGCGCAAGUGGAGGGUGUAGUGAAAAAGGUUAUGUCAACAAUCACUCUUUGCGAGAGGAUAACAGUGAUGAACAGCCAGAAUGGCGAAUCUUGCGUCACGGUAAAAGUCUUGAACUCUGGGCUAUGGAAACAUAA